AUGUUUAUGCUUUGUUCACAGGAUCUCAGAAACCAUGGCGAGUCACCUCAUAGCAACAAGCACGAUUACAAUGCCAUGGCCCAGGAUGUAGCUGAGUUCAUCGAGGGUCAUGGUUUGAAGGAAACAACUCUCAUUGGACACUCAAUGGGAGCCAAAACUUCAAUGGCCCUUGCACUCCGCUCUCCUGAACUUGUGGCCGAUAUCGUUUCCGUCGACAAUGCCCCCGUGGACGUCUCACUCAGCAGGGACUUCCCCAAGUACGUCCGCGCCAUGAAGAAGAUCCAGGAAGCCGGUGUCACACGCCAAGCUGAAGCCGACAAGAUCCUCAGCGAGUAUGAGGAGUCUCUUCCCAUCCGACAAUUCCUGCUGGGCAACAUGUACCUCCCAGAGGGCGAAAAGGUGCGCAAGUUCCGCAUCCCUCUCGACACUCUUGGCAAGGCACUGGACAACCUCGGAGAUUUUCCUUACAAGAACCCCAACGAGGUCCGGUUUGUGAAACCUGCUCUGUUUGUUCGAGGUACCCAGAGCAAGUAUGUUCCCGAUGACGUGCUGCCUCUGAUUGGCCAAUUCUUCCCCAAGUUUCGACUUGUUGAUAUUGAUGCUGGUCACUGGCUCAUUUCAGAGCAACCUGAAGCGUUCAGACAAGCUGUCGUCGAGUUUCUUCAAAAGUCCGAGUGA